GAAAUAUCAUGGCGGUAUUUAAAAAUGUCUCGCUCCAAGGCAAUGGCGAAACAACUGCAAGCAGCAAUAGUACUCCUUCUCAAGAAGAGUGCUUUGGUCUUCCAACACAAGUUAUUAUCGCGUUACACGUUUUCACGCUCUUUGCAUCCCUGAUGGGAAAUUCCCUUCUAAUCACUGCUUUUGUUAGAAUGAAAGAAAAAGUCAUCCUAGUGAUCGCUAACAUGGCUGCAUCAGACCUUCUGGUAGUAAUCUUUCUACUUCCUCGCUUCAUUGUAGCGGAGGCGCUCAGGUCUAAUGUUUUUCUUAUCCACGGAGGAGGGGGCACAUUUUUGUGCAAGGUGUGCAGCUUCUUCAGCGACAUGUCGUUGUCGGUGUCAACUCUAAGUUUGGUCGUGAUCGCGGUUGAGCGCUUUCUAGCUGUGGUGUAUCCUCUUCUGUAUAUGAAAACCUCUGGCAAGAGACGUCGUCUUCUCGUAGCUUCAACUUGGAUCUUGGCCGCAGCAUUUCACUUGCCGUACUUUUACACUUUUCGACUGGUGAGAGAAGUCGAUAAUCAAGGUUAUGACUAUCAUGUCUGUCAAUCAAGCUGGGAACCAGCUUUCAAUGACCAGUCUGCGCGUCGUCGCUACAACAUCUUUCUCUAUACAACCGUUUUGAUUAUACCAUUGCUCGUUAUUUCUGUUUUGCACAUUACUGUCGCUUUUCAUCUUCGAAAGGACAAAAUGAGUUCAUGUCGAAACGAGAACGGAACAAAACGGAUUCGAAAACGCACCCGGAGCCUACUCAUGAUGGCCAUUUCUACUGUUACAGCAUUUCUGAUCUGUUGGACGCUCCAAAUCGCUACAGCUUUCGUCUCCCUCUUUUCACCCGGGUUGUUUCGAAAGUGCAGCAAAAUGCACACGGUCGUGUCUUCUCUCUCGCACAUUUUGGCAAGUUGCUAUUGCGCAAUCAAUCCCUGGAUAUGCCUCUUCUUAAUUCCAAGGCUUUUUCGCGAAUUGAAAAUUAUGGUGCAUAGAAGAACAUUUCGGCAGUAUGCAAUGAAGGGCCAAAAAAUGGGGUCUGAGACCGAAAGUAGUAAUGUCCGGCUUCGAUUUGAGAGUCGCACGUGUUCAUUCGCACCCAAUGGCGAUAAUCACGAAAAAUCGACCGAAAGAAGUUACUGAUGACUCGAUGCUUAUGCAGUCUCUCGUCGCCUCUCUUCAGUGCACAAUGUCAUGUACAUGAAAAUUUUGUCAGGACUCCUAUUUUAAGGAUUUCAGCUUGAUGAAUGAAAACUUUCACUCCAGUAAGGAUGUCCAAAGCCAAUAUUUCCGUGAUACAUUUAUUUUUUUUGUCUAGUAUUUGUCACCAUCGAUGUCAAAGAUUGCUAACAAAAUAUAAAUUACAUUUUAUGUGCCUUGAUUGAUAUAUUUUAUUUUUAUAAUUUUAUGGUUUAUCUGUCGUCUAUUACUCCUUAAAAAAAAUACUCAAAUUGCCUUAAAUUAUUAAGUUUCAGUACCAGUGUUAGUGUAUAUUGAGAAAAAUAAAAAAUAGGCGAGUUGAUGUAGAAUCUUGAUGAAAUAUGGUGAAAUACAUCUUUCCAAAGCAUGUCUUAAAUUUUUAAACCAUUGGAUGUUUGAGUACAAGUUUUUUUUCUAUAGGGCCCCAACUGAUAAGUGAAGGGGCCAGAACGUUUAAAUUAGUUUGAUCAAUUACCACUAUUAAGAUCGCCCACUGUAACGUGGGAAACAGAUUAUAAAAUGAUAAAAAGAUCAGAUUUUGCUGCUUUUGUUAAAGGGUUGAGUACUUACUCGUGCAUAUCCAAUGAAGUCACGAAGGACUGCACCAAUGUCAAAACAAUUCAACAGACAUAUAGAAAGCCAGCGAUAACAACAGCAAGAAAGAUGACCAUGAAAGAUUCGGCCAUUGAUUCACUUGUUUUCCACCAGUUUUCGCGUGAUAAUCAAAGUUUCAUGAGUGGAAAUGACGCUAAUUUGUUAAUAUUUUAGAGUAUGGUGUCAAAUGGAAAAAAGGUUAUUCCAGAAAAGUUGUAUUUAGUAUGAAUUAUUGUCUUCUUGUAGAGCUAAUGUAAAAAAAAAAAA